AUGACGCUCCCCCCAGAACAAAUCAACAUCAAGCGCAGACGCGAAGAAGAGCCCGUGGAAACCCUCUAUAUCCAAUCGGCACUCCACCAAACCAAAAGACGCUUCACAGACUUCGUCUUCCACAGAGUAACACUGAAAGCCAGCGAAAGCUCAGAUGCAUCCCCAAGCCCACCAUCAACAGCGCACCCAGCAGCCCAGCGUCUCCUACGCAGCCCGCGCUCAGUAAGCAGUCUGCACGUAAACCGCCGCUCACCAGCAUCCUCAAUUGGACUCGGCAAUGGCAAUGGCGUACCAACAGUCCGAGCAACCUCACCAGGCGCAGAAUUCCGCGAAGCACAGCGCCUCGCAGCUGCGCGCAAAGAGCUCGAGGAAAAGCGCCGCGAACUCAUCUACUCGGGUCAAGCUCCGCCUUCGCCAGGACAGUCCAGCCCUGCACCCAGUACCUCCGACUCGGCAUCAGCAAAGGGUGAAACCAAACAAGCAUCCAGAAAUGCAUCGCCUAGCCGUGCCCAGUCUCUGCGCCGCUUCCAGAUCUCGCGAUCAAACCUCGGUUCUCUACGGAGCCCUGGCGGAGUCCAGAAACGCCGCAUUGAUGGUCCUGCGCCGGGUGUCGCUGUGCUAGUUGAGCAAAUGCAUCGGCGCACGCAUUCGCGCAAGACGUCUAUGGUCUCUGAUAUGGUUGUGCAGGCGCAGCUUGGGGAUCGGGUUCUUUCGCUUCCGCCGAAGGAAAUUGUGGAGGGUUCGGCUCCGGCUUCGCCUGUGAAGCCGAGGAAACGUCCUGUUGUUAAUCAGGCUGAGCGACGGUGGAGGGAGGAGCGGAAGGGGUCAAUUUCCGCGGCCAAGGACCGGCUUAAUGAGACUGUUGAGAAAUCUGCGCAGACGAACCAGCAGAGGAAUUGGGAAGAGGAGUCUGAGCGGCUUGCUAGGGACUUUGAGCAGGUUGCUCUUGAGCUUCAGGGUGAUGAUGGGCAGGAGCAGAAGCAUGGUAUGGAUCUUGAUGCACGACUUGCUGGGAAUGGGGAUGCGCAUGUGUCGGCUCCUUCGGCUGUUCAGCCUGUGAGCUCUGCGCUCAAGUCGCCAUUGAAAUAUCAGCCGAGACUGCCGAAGGAACCUAGAAUCGCGCCUGUUCAACCCCAGCCUCGGUCUCAAUCUCCGCUGAAGAACGAGGAGGCCGUGGAGGAUACGCCUGAGGCAGAGGAUGAUGAUGGUGACUAUGUCUACGAUGUCUACAUUCGCCGUCCGCUGUCGGAGAGCGAAAUGCUCCGCAAUCCUCUUUCUGAGUAUGAGUCCGAGCAGCAGCAGAAGAAUGCCGCCAAGGCUCAGCCUGGUGUUGGUGUCAUCGUCAUUACAGAAGAGGAUGAGCAGUACUGGGAGCAUUUCGUUGAGGACGAUGAAGAGGAGUGGGACAGUGAGGAUGCGGAUUCGAAUGCUGAGAACAAUCCCGCUAAUGACUAUCCCGAUGAGGAGAUUUCCUCUGAUGAUGCUGGCUUUGACUUUGAUGAUUCUGCCAGCGAGGACGGGUUCAACUCUGGUUUCGGCUAUAACUCGCGCUAUGGUGGCCAGGAUUCAGACUCUGAUGAUUACUGA